UCGACUCCACAGCUGUGCAGUUGACCCGGUUCUACAGUGCUGGUGAAUCGACUCUUUUUAAGUUAGACUCACAGCAAUACUCACAACACCGUCCUCCAAUGGGACGUUACGAGGGAAAGUCGUAGCCUGUGGCGUUUACUCUUCUUACUACAGCGGUCUAAAACGUACUCAAACUAAAGCCAUGGAGAGAAACCGAGUCAAAAUGCCCGUUUAACCUCAGAAGACAGAAAAGAUGCCCGGCUUACUGUCAUGCUCCGGAGGUUUAAUCAGGAUCCUCACUUUAUGCUCAGUCUUAGUCAACUCCGAGCUACUGAGCAAUGAAGUUUCAGAUGUGCAGUUUGGCAGCCUGGGCAGCAGCGUGACGCUGACCUGUGGAAGCUCUUACCGAGGGUCUCCGGUGCAAUGGACACACAACGGGAGCUCAGUGCAGGCGAGGAAUCACAACUCAGAUGGCUCUCUCACUCUCACCAACACCACACCAAGCAUGGAGGGGAACUACAGCUGCCACGAGUCGAGAGGAGAAGUGCUCCACAGCGUCAGAUUACGGCUGGGAUAUCUGCCAGGCCAUCUGAGUGUCUCCUGUAAAGUGCCAAGUCAUUACUAUAUUCACUGCACAUGGACACAGAGAGUGACAACGUAUUUACCCACCAUCUACAUCGCCUCUUACAGUGUGGAUAAUGGAAAGCCAGAACCAUGUGAGCAGGAGCGUAUCGAUUUGAACAAGUGCACCAUCAGCAAUCCUUCAUUCUGGGCCAUCACACACCUGGUAAACAUCACUGAAGUCAAUCCUCUGGGCUCCAAAUCUACCAUCGCAUCUGUGGACAUGCACAAGACCUUAAAGCCUGAUCCGGUCGAGGCACUGCAUUGUGAGGGUGUGAAGGGUGAACCCACUCAGCUGCAUGUGGUGUGGCAGCACCCCGUCUCAUGGCCAGCUAAUCUGCUCACGUUUCCACUGAAGUACGAGGUGCAGUACAGACCUGUGGGCUCUAACCUCUGGUCCAAGCUUGAGUCGGAAGAUCUGAGCACCAUGAUCAUGGACGCCCUGGUGGGUCACCUUCACCACAUCCGAGUACGAGCCCAGGAUUAUUUCAUUAACCACAGCCAAUGGAGCGAGUGGAGUCAGGUGGUGCAGGGCCAGCCCUGGAGUGACCCUUCCUUGAAUCCUGAUGAGACGACUGAGGAGAUUCUUGAUGGGUUGCUCUGCCCAGCCACAUUUCCAGUAAGAGCAACAGAAAAAUCUCCAGACUCAUCGUUUGAUGAUAAUGAAAGCCAGGACUUGUUGAUCAUCCUCGGGUUGUUAGCGGCGGUGAUGGCGGCUGUGGUUUUUGUGGUCACAGUCAUUCUAUGCAGGAUGAGGAAGAGAAGGCGGGGCAGUGUGACAAAACAAGAACUAACCUCCAUGAUGAAGAUGAAGUCCCUGCCGAUCUAAAAUGCGCAGGUUGGCGCUGUCUGUUUUCCAGCCCUGUUAGGGCUUCAUCACUGGGAAUCAUCACCACUGGUUCAGCAGCAACCCCAGACAGAAACGAUGCACCACCUUUCUCCUGUUGCUCUCAGUGGAACUCUGAGUCUGGAGAACUGUGAACACUAAUAACUCUGCAGUGUAGCACAACAUAACAGGAACAGUUACCAGCUUGUGCCUGGCAAAGUCGAUUUGCCAUCUUCGGACCACAAACACCAGCAGAUUUUUAAUACAAAGUUUGAGCAGUUCUCCGUCACUUAAGCUUUUUCAUACAGACUCGUCCCGGUCGACUGGCAUCACUUAGAAUGCUGUGAAGAUUAAAGGGCCACGGUUUUGGGCAUUAUAGAUAAAGAUGGCAUGGUCCAACUCAAAGGGACAAAACCUGAGCAUGGACACAGAUGCAUUAAGAUGAUUUGCAGCUAUUUGUUCAGUUAGCAAAUGCAUUUUUCUGGGUUUUUAUUCCGUUCACAUCGAGAUGAAGAUUUGCUGUGUUUUUUUUUUUUAAGGCUUCUCUUGAAACCAUACAGCCUUAAAUCAUUUCAGAACACGUGUAAAAACAAUCAUUCUUCUUCUUCUUUCUUAAACAGAUGCUGCACAUUUUAAAUGCUGACAUCAUUGUGUCUUUAGGUCAGUGGUAAGGCCAGCAGUAAUGAUUCUGUAAGACUUUCUGACAUGAAGUUGGCAUGCAGCUCGCAUAACAACAGGAGCUGUGAAUAAAUAUGAUUCAUAAAUGUAUUCACAUUAAAAUGAGAAAUGCAUCAAGAAAAAAGACAUAAGUAUUGAAAUAACAUUAAAACAAAGUGAAUGUAAUUAAAUUAGCUUUACAUUAGCGGCAUGUUGAAGCCUCACUCAGAACUUCACAUGACGGUCUUAACAGAACCAGCACAGAGUUUAAUAUUAAGAAGCAUAAUGCUGAUUGCUAAUGAGUACAUAGGACUGUAUUGUACAUUUUGACAGGUUCAUUGUAUUGCAUUACUGUUAGCCUGCAUUAACAUGGAAGGUCUGUGCAUCUUGUGGACAUCCUAUCCAUCCUAUGGGGACAUCCACCCCCUCACAUAUUUCAGAAGCCCCCGUCUCAAACCACGUAAUAAACAGUAGUUUAAAUAAUAACACUGAUUUUGUUGAAUGGUAUGGAUUGGAACACAGCCAUUAAUGUAAAAAAAAUGAAAACAUGCUGCUUUACACAUUAAAAGCUGUAUAACCAGAGACUGGACAAUGUAGCUGGUGGUUCUGUAUGUAGUAUGUGCAACCUUUAGCUUAAUGUACGUAAGUCCAUGCAGCUACUGCAGGUCCAUAAAUGGAACAUUGUAGUUUUUAGCUGUCCUGCUAAAACUAGCUCAACUGAAAUGUAUUUGGAUUCAGAUCAUGAAGUUUACUGCUUAAGCGCAAAUCUCUGGUUGCUUUAACACUAAUGUGCCUUCUACAGCAGCGGUCCCCAACCUUUUUUGCACCAUGAACGGUUUCAUAUAAGAUACAAUUUCACAGACCGGUGGGGGGGAUUUAAAAUAGAAUAACUAUUGCAUGGAAAAUCAGUGUGAAUCCUGAAUUUCUGCUGCAACGAGACGCUGCUCCCACCUAGUGGUGAUUGGGGACAAUAACACUCGAAGAGUUUUGGAAAUGUAAUUUCUGUUGUAGCGAUCUCUAAUUAUUUAUUCUUUCUGUGUGGCCCAGUAAUAAAUGAGGAGUGGUUGGGGACCACUGAAUUUUAAUUAAUCUCUUCAGAUGUUCAUCACCAUUUCUGAUCUUUCACUUUUCAGGCCCGAGUACUCUCCUAAGCUAAUGCAUCAUUGUGGUAUUAAGAUCUUUAUUAAAGCUUCUAUCAUGACAGAUUAAUUGAGAAAUAAAUGUAGUUUUGGGUUUAUUGUUGUAAACAGGUUUUAAUAAACAGAUCCUUGUUAUAUCGUUUCCAGUGACAUAAAGCUUGAACAGUGCAUGUGUGCUUUCGUUGUUUUUUAUUUUAUGUAUAUUCAAAUUAAGCACAAAUAUACUGUUUUCUUUGUAUAUAUAUUUUAAUUAUAUAUCAAUGCAUCAUCUGUGAAAAUUGUGUGCCAUUGUAAUAAUCUUGCUUGACACAGACAUGAGAAUGGUCCGGUCUUCUUUGGCUUUUUAUUAUUGAUGAUACAGACAGCAAAGCUCUAUUACGCAGCCUUGUCUAAUACAAAAAAAUUGUGACGAUUGUGACGUUUCCUUUUGCUCCCGGACACUUUAUAUUUGUUUGGCUUAUAUCAAAUUCUAAUAUCACGAGACAUAAUGUGUACUUUCAAAAUGCCUUCCAUUUAAUGUUUUGUUCUCACAACACCCAUCUGUAAACAGCACACAUAUUUUCUCGUGUUCUGAACCUGCAGUCAGGUCAGAUUUAACACUGUGCAUUUGUGAAGUGUCGGAAGCUCAAAUUUACUGUGGGAUUCACAAAAGUAAACAUAAGUGAGAGUGAUGUCUGAUGUCUCUGCCUCCAACUUGCAGUGGUUAUUAAAACAAAUAGCCGAU